AAAACCAUAUGAUUUCACAUGGUUUCGCACAUGCGAAACAUUCAUCAGUAUAAAUAUGUAUAUAUCCUAAUCUAAAAUACUUGAUCCAAAGCAAUGUCCAAUUUACUGUAUUAUCAAAGCUAUAAAACAUAUCAAAUCUUGAUUAGUUAACCGAAAAUGAUUACACUUAAUUUGUAUUUAGACAGUAUUUCGUGAAUGGUUAAGUAAAACGAUCAAUAUUUAUUUGCUGAAUAUAAUUUCUGAUGUGUGAAUUUUAUAACUCUAUCUUUGGAGCGAAAUAUUAAAAAAUGGAGUACGAAUUAUUAUGGAAAAUAGUAACUUAUAUUUAUUAUAUUGGAGGAUUAUUACUACUAUUAAAAAUAUUCAAUACCGUGACUUUGGGAGUAUGUAAAACUGAUAAGCGACUCGAUGGACAAGUUAUAAUUGUAACAGGCUCUAAUACAGGAAUUGGAAAGGCGACAGCCUUAGAUUUUGCGAAAAGAGGAGCUAAAGUUAUUUUAGCAUGCAGAGAUCUAGUUAAAGCUCAAAACGCCAAAGAAGAGAUAGUGGCAAUUUCCAAUAACAGAAAUGUGGUUGUUCGACAUUUGGAUUUAGCUUCAUUGAAAAGUGUCAGACAGUUUGCAAAUGAAAUAAUUGCCACGGAAAAUAGGUUGGAUGUUUUAGUUAACAAUGCAGGCUUGGGAGGCCAAGUUGAUAAGAAAACUGAAGAUGGUCUCGAAUGGUGUUUACAAGUCAAUCAUUAUGGACACUUUUUGUUGACGAAUUUAUUAAUUGAUUUACUAAAAAAAUCAGCCCCGAGUCGUAUUGUUCACGUGUCUUCAUUGAUGCACAGACUAGGACGCUUAGAUUUUGAGAAUAUGAAUUGUGAAAAAGGCGCAAAUGGUUUUAUGGCAUAUAAUAACAGUAAAUUAUACAACAUAAUAGGAAGUAAUGAAUUUGCAAGACGAUUAGAAGGAAGUGGUGUAACGUCCAAUAGUUUACAUCCAGGAAUUGUACACACAGAAAUAAUGAGAGAAGUUUCUCCAUUAAUAAGAUAUUUUGUAAAUAAAAUGUUGCAAUUAUUUUAUAAGUCACCAGAAGAAGGAGCUCAAACGACAAUUUAUCUAUCAGUUAAUGAGGAAGUACAACAUGAGUCAGGAAAAUACUUUGCAGACUGUCAGGAAGCUUAUUCAUCAUCUAUUACAAAAGAUAAGGAAGUUGGAAAGAAAUUUUGGGACAAAUGCUGUGAUCUUGUGCAUCUAAAACCGGAGGAAAGAUUCAUUUAACUAUUAAAAUAACAAUUUUUUUUUCUUUUUAUAUUAAACGAUACCGAGUUUGUAUUCACUGACAUGAAAUAAUAAAAAUAUUUUGAAAAUAAUAAAUUUUAAUACUGUAA